UCCCCUCUCUCCUGACCUGCAUGCAACACGUUUCAUGGGGUAGCGGCAGAUGAGCUCCUGCUAUUUUCAUUCACUUUCACAGUGCCCAGAGCGUGUAUCUUGUGCUCCUGCCUGGGCCUUUUGCUAAACCUGGAGGGGAAGGAAGUAUUCACAAGCCAGGGAAAGUGAAAAAAAAAGGCUGGAGCUUUGCUGCCUCUCUUCCUCCCAAGCUUGGAGGCUUUGGGAGGGGCUGGGCAACUCUCUGACAAGAUCUGCUUUCCCGCUGACUGCAGAAAUAUGCUUGCUCUGGCGCGGAAAAAAAUGGACAACAUGCAACAUCUGAGAGAUGAACUGGCAAGCCUGGCUGCAGAGAUCAACACUGUGAAGAAGGUGAUCCUGCACUUUGGGAAAGAGGGCCGGGCCCUCCCUGGGCAGCUGCUGGGCUUUUCUUGCUCAGCCCACACACCCCAUCCGUUGCCGGGGGAUGCUGGUUGUGCUUCUCCACCGUAAAGACCCUUCUGGCCAGCUUGUGACGUGGUUGUUUGUGUUUUCCCCAGGAAGCUCAGCAACUGAGAGAAGGGAUGUCUGCAAUCACACAGAUGUCUGGCUGGGCUGUGAAAAGCACAAGUACGGAUGACCCCAGGAAGGCAGGGCUGUCAUCGCACUGAGCUCCUGCUUAGCGCUCCCAAAAGGAGGCUGUGUGGCAGCCUCGGUUCUCUGAGGCACAGGGACACGGAACAAAACCACGGGAUGCAAGAGCGUGACUGUGACCGAGCAGGUCUCCUGGGGUUUGCUGUCUCCCAGCACUCACAGACCUCCUGUUGUGUGUCUGAGAGAGAAAUGCUGUCGCCGGGCAUGGGGAUUACCUUGUUUUCCUGGGGCACCCACAAAGGGGCUGCCAUCAACCUGCAGAGAUCAUCCAGCAGCUCUGCAUGGCUCUGCAGGAUGUUUUGGUUCCUGUGUAUUCCACCCAUUCUGGAUACCUUUGUGCAGCCUGAUUCUUCCCCGGGAUACUGCUGGCCUUUCCAAGGGUCUGAGAGUGAGGUGCUAAUCCAGUUGCCUGCAAAAGUACGACCAACGGCCAUCACCGUACAGCACACCUUAAAGACAGACUCUCCGCUGAGGACUAUCAGCAGUGCCCCGCGAAAUUUCAUAGUCUAUGGACUGAAUGAAGGAGGCAAAGAUGAAACUCCGCUUGGGACAUUCACCUACACUGCACAGGAAGAGGUUAUCCAGACCUUCCCUUUGCAGGAUGAGAUGAGAGACUUCCAUUUCUUGAAGCUUGUCGUACAGAGCAACUGGGGAAAACCAGGCUACACCUGUAUUUAUCGAGUGCAGGUGCACGGGAAGGUGGAUGGAACCAGUGCCAUCAGCCAGAUUUCAGAUGUGAGGAACUCACUUCAGUAAGAAUUAAAGAGGAAAAUGGAGAAAGGAGGAGAGUGAUUGGCCGUUAGUCUGGGGCACAGCAAUGUCAGUGGCCUUCUCACAGCUGCCAACCACUGCCUUUCGCAGGCCAAGGCCUUCCUCAAGCUUUUCACUUUCUCUCCACCACAGGAAUGUUUCUUAAGUGACCAAAAGGAGACAACAUUCCCAUUGCCUUUUCUUGCCUAGUUCCUUGACAAAAUCUUUUGUGGGUCAUGAUCAUCAAAGCACGGGCCCAUUCCAUUCACACAGCACCUUGACUCUGGGGACGGGGUCCAGUGGGGCCCCGCACAGGGUGCAGCCAAGUCUGCAUGAGGUG